AUGAGUACUCCCGAUGAGGCUCCACAGCUGAACGCCCUAUCGGUAUGCUUGUCGACGCUGCAAUCUCAAGAAGCCGUGCAAAACCAACCUGUCAGCGAUGUGCUGUUCAAAACAUUGAAUGCGUUUAUCCUGAGCGUGCCAAACGUAACUCUAGAAAACAAAGUACCGGGUACGAAGAAAAAUCACUCCCUUGCGCUCAUUCUUGAGCGCUUGGAGAAAGUCGAACAGCAUGUCGUAUUACAACCCGAAGCCCACGAGGCUGGUACGAUACGAACUGUAGAAAUUCCUUCGUGUUCAAACACUACAUCACCGACCCACAGCUCCAUCCCCUCCAUCCCGACAGCAAUUGGGGACAUUGACAUCACAGCUGUUGUCACUGAUGCUGCAUCGCGAGUCCAGGAGUUGAGGCUCCGAGGUAUCUCCCAAGCAACCCUAGCGGCGGAAAUACGCAUCCCGCCUGACCUUGCAAAAAGCUGGAUUGAUUGUUACUUCGAGCUCAACAGAACCGAGAUAUUCUUGGAGUUCAUUGAUCCCAAAAUAUUUCGAUUAAUCCCGGAUAUUAUUGAUUAUCCGCAAAUACGUAUCGACGCAGCAAUGCUUGUUGUCUAUUACUGCAUUUUGUACAUUGGCCUCUACAUGGCUGACACACCCCGACGGCCUGAAACGGGUCUAUCAUACACUCAGCAGUUGUACGUCUGCUGUCUGCGCUCGCUUCCCGGCUGGCAACGAGAAGCAACUGGCACAAGAAUGGAUUUCCUUGCAGUGGCAGCGGAUCACUUCGACUACGAGCUUGGAUGGCAGAUGUAUAAGACUGCUUGCGAACACGCCGAAGAACUCCAGAUUCAUCAUCUCGACAACACCGAAACACCAAUCGAACCGGAUCAGGCAAGAGUUGAGGCAGAUAGAAAAGGCUUUUGGGAUCUAAUCUACAUCGACUUAUUCUUUCGCCUCAUAUACAACAAACCCCCAGCCUUUGCAGUCAACGUGAAAGCUUGGAAGGUCAAUCUCCCCUGGCUGUCGUCUGCCUCAGCGCCAGACUUCCAUGCAAUACCGACCAUGACUUUUAUCAUGAGGUCUCGAAUCACCUUUAUCCUCAUCCGAUAUUUCUCACUGAUAGAAGACCGUGCCAACCAUCCCGAGAUAGAGAUGGAAAUUGAAGUACUGUGUCGGGAGAUUGAGUCCUUGUUCGAGGAGUGGGAAAUUGAGAGUUGGAUCCAAAAAGGCACUACGAACAAGAUGUCUAUGUGGAUGCUCUAUGAAGUGGCUUUCACGGGAUAUACCUGCAUUGUUUUAAUGCUUCGAAAGGUCUCAACCGUGAGCCCAUACUUGCCAAACUCCAUCAUUUCAGAUAAAGAUCAACCUAAAUCUGCGCUAGCAGUCAAUGCAGCAAGACGUUUUCUCCAUCAUUUCGAUAUUGUUAUUGACGCUUACCCACGGUCAGAGUCCAUCUCCAUGAUGCUGGGCUUCUAUCAAGCAGCAACUCAGUUCAGCUGUCUUGCUUACAACAUCGUCACGAACCCCAUCUCCCUGUAUCAGAAGCUUGUUCUGACGAGUAUAUUCUCGCUGGUCGCUUUCACUAUAGCUGUCACUAUUGUCCGCGGCAGUAUAUUCGGUGGUGUCUACAAGUCCGUGGAGGAAGCCAGCCGCAAAGGUUUCGACCCGUCAUGGUUGGCGUUCUGGCUCUUCGUCGAACUUACAGUUUUCCAGCGCAAUGCGCAAUAG